AAAACACACGAAAAUUGACGUACUCGUACUAGUCCAGCGGCACUGCACUUCUUCACCCCGCGAACUCUAAACUAUUUGCCCCUUAAGCCGCAGAUUGAUUUGCUCAAUUCAGCUUCAUAAAUGGUGAUUAUAUCACUCUCCUAUCGGGCCAGACCCACCUAUAAUUUCUUCCAAUCGUUCCUGCACCGUCUCCUCUUUCAAAUUCAACCCUACAAUAGUUCCGAAACUACUCGCAGUUUUCUCAAUCUCCCCGUAAUUCACCGCCAAAAUUCCAUACCAUUUUCAUCUCAGUCACAUUCAAUUCAACCCCAACAAUUCUUAACUGAUUAUUCUACACAGAACCUUGUCAAUGAGCUUUCCCGCGUUCUCAGUGACUACAGAAGCCCAGGCCAUGACCUUGAUUCAGCUCUUACCCCAUUUGUUUCGGAAAUCAAUGCAAACUUGGUCGAACAAGUAUUGAAGAGAUGUAAAAAUCUUGGAUUUUCUGCUCAAAGAUUCUUCCUUUGGGCUCAGAAAAUUCCAGGGUUUGAGCAUAGUAGAGAAGCUCAUCAUAUUCUUGUAGAUAUCUUGGGGAGCAGCAGACAAUUCCCAUUGCUUUGGGAUUUUUUAGUAGAGAUGAAAAGGGCUGAAUCUUUUUAUAUUAGCCAAGAAAUAUUCUGGGUUGUUUUUAGGGCUUAUAGUAGGGCUAAUUUACCUGCUGAUGCUAUAAGAGCUUUCAAUAAGAUGUCUGAUUUUGGAAUUAGGCCUUGUGUAGAUGAUCUGGAUCAGCUUUUGUUUAUACUGUGCAAAAAGAAGCAUGUGAAGCAUGCCCAGGAUUUUUUCGACAGAGUUAAAGGCCAUUUUACCCUGACAGUGAAAACUUAUAGCAUUUUGAUCAGGGGUUGGGGUGAGAUUGGAGAGUCAAGUAACGCUCAGAGGCUAUUUGAUGAAAUGCUUGAGAGAGGGUGUGGAGUGGAUUUACUUGCUUGGAAUAGUAUGUUGGACUCUUUAUGUAGGGGACAGAAGAUAAAUGAGGCGUACGAAUUGUUCCGAGGGAUGAGGCAUAAGGGGCUAGAACCGGAUGCAUACACAUAUUCAAUAUUUAUUCGUGCUUCGUGCGAAGCAAAUAAUCUUCACUCAGCUUUUAGGGUCCUCGAUUCUAUGAGAAAGUAUGAUCUUGUCCCAAAUGUGUUUACUUACAACUGUGUUAUCAAGAAGCUUUGUAGGAAUGAGAAGUUGGAUGAAGCUUACGAGCUUCUAGAUGAGAUGAUUGAGAGAAGGGUUAGUCCGGAUACUUGGAGUUAUAAUACUAUUUUGGCUUUUCAUUGCGAUCAUAACGAAGUUAAUAAGGCACUAAGGCUAAUUUCAAGAAUGGAACAAGAUGCUUGCCAACCCGACAGGCAUACAUAUAAUAUGGUGCUUAAAAUGCUCAUUAGAAUAGGAAGGUUUGAUAGAGUUGAGAAAGUUUGGGAUUACAUGGAAGAGAGAGGAUUUUAUCCUUCAGUUUCGACAUUUGCCGUCAUGAUUCAUGGUCUUUGUAAGAAGAAAGGGAAACUUGAAGAAGCGUGUAAAUACUUUGAAAUGAUGAUUGACGAAGGGAUCCCACCAUACAAUACAACAUGCGAGUUGUUGAGGAACAAACUUGUAGGGAUGGGAUUGGCUGAGAUUACAGAUAUAUUAGCAGAAAAGAUGGAAAGAAGCACUUCUUGUUCAAUACAAGAGCUAUCAACCAUCAUGAGAGGUAACAGGGCACACGCAAGGGUGAAAAUUGAAGAGGAAUGGUCUGAAGAAAGUGAUUAAUAUUCUGAGAAAAGUGUUGAGCGAGGGAGUACUUUGAACACAAUAUGGAAAACCAUGUGAAAAUGACAUUAAGUUGUGAAUGGAUGGAGACUGUCCUGCACUGCAUGGUAUUUACGGUGGUACCAAUAUGUGUUCUGGAGUGUUCUGAUGCACAAAGACUGAGGCCAGAGAUGUGGAGACUUAUCAGGAUUAUUGAAUGGAAACCUUGCUAUAGGUGUCCUCAAGGGAAAUCAAGCAUUUUGAAUUUGUUUUCUUGUUUAUGUUGACAAGCUGCGGCCUGCAUUCAAGUGUGUUAUUAUUGUGGACUCUAUCAGAUGAGAUGUUAUGUGUGAUGGUGUUUGAGUUGCUCGCUUGCUGAACGCUACUCUUGUUUUGCCCAAAUUUGAAGUGGCUGCAUAUUGGAACGAAACCAGGUAAGCGAUGGUUGUGAGUCUAUGGACAAAGGACCAUUCCUUUGCAUUUACAGGAUUUUUUCACUGAAGUAAUUGAAAAAAACUAGUCUGUAGAGUUCAGUCCCUUAAGCUAAAGUUAGGUGAAGUAAAUUGAUGUCUUUUAACCCAAGGGAAGAAAUUUCCUGCCUCACUUUCUCGUGUUAGAGACUUGGAACCUGAACAAUACCUUGGAGAAUUUCAUUUACUUAAAUGAAACUAUCCAUAUAUGUAAAUCUCUCUUGAAAGCUCCAGGAUUCCCUCUCUCUCAAAUAAUUCUCGUCUUUGGUAUGUUCUCUCAAUUAAUACGACUUAAUUAGGGUAGGGUUGCUUGGAUAUUAUUAUGUGGAUGAGAAACAUUCAGCAGUCUGCUCACACAAGGAAAUCUACAUCUUCAAUUUCCUUUGCAAUUUUCAUUCAUUCGAAGCAAGCAACAGUAGCCUAAAUUAUUAUUUUACAAUGCUGUGGAUUUGGACAUGUAUUUGGUGUAGACCUUUUUCAUCCAACAAAUGAGCAACUUCAAAAGAGUUGCCUGGAGAGAUUGCAUCAAAAGAACCCUUUCAUGUUGAUUGUAGCAAACGUAAAGGUUUAUAUGACCAUGUUGAAAGUGUGCUUCCUCCCCUUUUGGAGCAUCGUUUUAUUUCAUUCACGCCAGCAAUGAGUCAAAGAAGGGAUAGGUAUCCACUGUAUGCGAAAGCUGUAUUCUGUCAGGUAUGUUAUAAUGCUCUGCGCUUAACCGGCACGUUGGAGAAGAAAGCGUCUGAGCUUCUAGAUGCUAUACCUGAGCCCUUCCUUUCACCUCACCUUCGGCCUAAUCUUUCUCCUGCUUCUAUGCAAGCCAUAUUUGCAGCACGAGGAGACCGGAAAGCCUGGACUGUAGAACAGGCUCGAAUAUGAAGAAACCGGGGUAAGUGGCCUCUCACUCUAAAUGAAACGGCUCUCAUCCUUUGAGAUCUUUCUAUCCCAACAGAAAUAUUUAUUUGGCAGCCGGGGAUGGCCUGAUGGAACUCGAAGGGUUAACUUCAGUCUACACCAACGUUUUUACUGAGUCAACCUUUCAUAGUGUUGAGGACUUUGCAAACAUGCAUGGAAACACGAAAGCUGCACUGGAUUAUUAUUUGUCCAUCAGCAGUGAUUCAUAUGUGGCCACUUAUUUCGGAAAUAUGGAUAAAAUGGUUGCAGCAAUGCGUAGUUUCAAGGGAUUGCCGAGAACACUUUUCUUAAGCCGGAGGGGUUUUGCUGUGUUGACUUCUCAGGGGCUCAAGGGGAAGGCACUGCUCGAAGCGCUAUGGAAAGUUCAUAGAGAUGAGUUUGUAAUGGGUGUGGGAUCUGCUUUUGUGAAUUCGAGUCAUGGGUUUUAUUAGCGUGAACUCACCGCUAUGGUAGAGUCGAUGUUUGAAAAAUAUAAAAGCUUUUAUUAGAUUAUAAGUUGGGAUUAUUAGCUUAGCUUGCGAAAUUGUAAAUAUCAAGAAAGUAAAAGUAGAUAAGAUUGUGGGUUAGUUAAGAAUCUAUAGCUUUUAUUAGAUUAUAAGUUGUGAUACUUAGCUUU